AAUUUUAGCCUAACUUUAAUUGUUUUAACCCUAAAUAAAAGACUUUUAUAACACGUAAUCUGUCAAAUAAGAACUAUGAGCUAUCAGGUUAAGAUCAUAUAACGCCGCAGGAAUAUUUUUUAGAAUAAAAUAUUAAUAUAUUACUUUUUUAAAACCCCAUAUAGCUUACAUUACUCUAAUUGUUUUAUUGUUUAGCUUUCUUUUGAUUUUCAGGCAAUUCUUAACGGUUACAAGCUUUAUUACUCGUUUACCUUGCAACUUCCAUGCAAAGUUUAACAAAAUUAAAAAUGCAUACAUGAAUGGAAAUGUUAUUGAAUCGUUAAAUAAUGUCAAUUCUUCUGACUGUGCUGUAGCAUGCGUCAGCAACUUUAAAUGCACUUUAGUUAAUUGGAAGGAAGAUGAAAUGAUAUGUGAACUGAUAUCAGACACAAAUCCUCAGCAGAUUGCAAAAGGUCUCUGGAUGGUUUUACAACCAGACAACACUGAUAAUAAAAUUGUUGGUCAAAUUUGUGAGCAGGUUAAACCAUGUGACAGUACGCAAAUAUGUCGAGAUGUAUGUGAUUCCUCUAAUAAACAUACUUUUUCUU